UGCUGCUGCUGCUGCUGCUGCUGCUGCUGAAUUAAGAAGAAUUUUCCUUUUUACUACGGUACACGGCCUUUUUCUACUGAUUGGGUGCGAAAUUUCCCUUGCGACUCGAGGGAUGUGGAUUUCCAUGGGCGGACAACUUGAUGAUCGAAUAUUGAUUAAAAAUUGGAAGAGGCCUUGAAAUCCUGCUGAUAUGCUGUACAUUACAUACAAAAGAUGCAAGUGUAGAUGAUCUCAAAUGUAGCGUCAAAAGUAACGGAGAAACAAAGAUCAGAGCAUCUAGAUGUGGCGUACUGUAUAGCGGUACCUGGUAGGGCCAUAGAGUUUAUUAAACAUGGCCAGCAAUCAGGUGGAUUAUCAGUGGGCCUACACAAUAAUGGAUUCAUCGAAGGUAUCUACAUACUUGAUAUCGAUUCUGCUAAUUGUCUACGGUAGCUUUCGAUCGCUAAAUAUGGAGCAGGAAGCGAGAGAAAGGGAAAAGGAAAAAGAGCGCGCAAAUCUGCUGACGGGGAUAACGAGUAAUAGCGCGACAGCCAAUUCGGAAAAUCCUCCGGGAAAAGGAAUUCUGACAUUAGAUACAAUGCACGUUCUUUGUCUACCUCUUGGUGCUUCUAUAUCUCUACUUGUCAUGUUUUUCUUCUUCGACAGUAUGCAAAUGUUAUUUGCUAUUUGUACAGCAAUCAUGGCGACGGUGGCAUUGGCGUUUCUCCUGCUGCCCAUGUGCCAAUACAUAAUACGGCCAUGCUCGGACGGCAACAAGAUAUCUUUUGGCGUGUGCGGCAGGUUCACGGGCGCCGAGCUACUCUCCUUCUCCCUGAGCGUCAGCAUAGUCUGCAUAUGGGUGCUAACCGGCCACUGGCUCCUCAUGGAUGCCAUGGGCAUGGGCCUCUGCGUCGCCUUCAUAGCUUUCGUGCGGCUACCUAGUCUCAAGGUCUCCACCCUCCUGCUCACGGGACUCCUUAUCUACGACGUCUUCUGGGUUUUCUUCUCCUCUUACAUAUUUAGCACAAAUGUCAUGGUCAAGGUGGCGACACGACCGGCCGACAACCCCGUGGGCCUCGUCGCACGGAGGCUUCAUCUCGGCGGGAGCGUCGCCCGCGAGGCCCCGAAGCUCUCGCUGCCCGGUAAACUCGUCUUUCCCUCGAUGCACCGGGCGGGCCACUUCUCGAUGCUCGGCCUCGGCGAUGUCGUCAUGCCCGGCCUUCUGCUCUGCUUCGUCUUGCGCUACGACGCGUACAAGAAGUCCCAACCACUGCCCGGCGGCUGCGAGACCGGCGUCCCACCUCCGAGGCACCUCAAUCGCAUCACCUACUUCCACUGCUCCCUCAUUGGCUACUUCCUUGGUCUGCUCACUGCCACCGUCAGCUCCGAGGUAUUCAAGGCCGCACAACCGGCCCUGCUCUAUCUCGUGCCCUUCACGCUCCUGCCUCUGCUCACCAUGGCGUAUCUCAAGGGAGAUUUACGUCGCAUGUGGAGUGAACCGUUCAUAGUGCAGCAACAAUCAAAGCACAUGGAAGUUUGACAGCUAUCAAUGUCAACAGACUUCUUUGCUAAGUAACAGCCACUGCGUCGUAAUCAACUGGCCCGUGUCAGUCCUUAUUGUUAUUUUUCAU